AUGCCUAGACUGGUCGGUAAGUCAGUUAGUGAUCACAUUUUGGGUCUUGCCCAGAAAGGUAUUGAAGAGAACGCAGCGCAUUUCAAAGUUGGUGGUAAGAAGCUAUACUUCCCCAAAGCGCGGGUGAUCCUGUUACGCCCCAAUGCCAAGCACACACCAUACCAGGCCAAGUUCAUUGUGCCCAAAUCCUUCAACAAGCUUGACCUAAGAGACUACUUGUUCCAUGUGUAUGGUCUGCGGGCCAUGAACGUGACCACACAACUUUUGCACGGCAGGUACGAGCGUGCGGGUAACAUUGCGUCUCCUAGGUACCGCGGACCGCAGAUCAAGAAGAUGACAAUUGACAUGAACGAGCCAUUUAUCUGGCCCGAGGAAGACACAGAAAACAGUCUAUGGGACCACAAGUUUGCACAAGAGCUGAACAAGUACCGUGAAGAAACGAUGAUGAAGCUGGGCAGCGACAAGCUGAAGCCCCACAAGGCGUUUGACGGUGCGCUGGGUCCGUUCAACGACAACAUGAUAGCACAACCGUUCAUUCCAAAACAACUGAAGAGGCGGAUGUUGAACCAGAAACCACAAGACCCAGACUACUUAAAGAUAAACCAGUUCUUGUAA